AGUUUGUUUCUUUUCUUUGCUUUUCUUUUUCGUUUUUUUUUUCUUUUCCAUCUUUCAGGGAAGCUUCAAAUAUUGAUGUGAAUUAUUUUAAUUGGAACUUCUAGAAUCUGGAGUUCGGUGUGCAAUGUUUUGAUCCUUCUGGAGUGUUUGUGACUUUGGUAGCUAGUUUGAUUGAUAAAUGGCUUGGAAAGAAAUGGAAAGUGAAGCCUGGAGAUGGGGUUUAGGUUUGCUAUACAUAUUUGCUGUUGCGUCUAUAUGGAUAGCUGCUAGUUUUGUGGUACAGUCUGUUGUUGAUGCAGGUGUUUCACCAUUUCUUGUAACAUACAUUUGCAAUUCGUUAUUCGUUGUUUAUAUUCCCUUGGUCGAAAUCGCCCGUUAUCUAGAAGAUAAUUGUGGAAGUUUAUUGUCCCGAAGAAACUCAAGAAGCAGUCCUUCAGAAGAGUUGAGAGAAUCAGAGCAAGCUAUCCUUCUUGGAGAGGGUGUUUUAGGUUCAAGAACAGAUGGAUCGAGUCAGUUCUCACUUGCAGCGGAGGGAAAAAUUAAUCUCGAGAUCCCGAAUGAUUCGCUGCUCGAAAAUGAUUCCAAUGAGCUUACUACGACUUUGUCGAGUCAAGGUGAAGUUGCCAACAUUGGCUUAGAUGCAAAAGGGCGAUGGACACGUACUAGAGUGGCUAAAGUUAGCCUGUCAAUAUGCCCAUUUUGGUUUCUAGCUCAAUUAACUUUUAAUCUCUCGUUGAAGUACACUACUGUAACGUCUAACACCAUCUUGAGCAGCGCGUCGAGCCUUUUCACAUUUUUGGUCUCUUUGGCAUUCUUGGGUGAGAAGUUCACUUGGAUAAAGCUUGUAAGUGUCCUCCUUUGCAUGGCAGGAACCAUUAUUGUCAGCUUGGGCGACUCACGCAACAACAAAAAUUUAACAGUAAUUGCUUCAAAUCCCGUACUUGGAGACAUUCUGGCUCUUCUCUCAGCUGCUUUAUAUGCCGUAUAUGUUACACUUAUUCGUAAAAAGUUGCCCGAUAAUGAAGAAAAGAGUGGUCGUGUUAGCAUGGCACAAUUCCUCGGGUUCCUAGGGCUUUUCAACGUAUUAAUAUUCCUUCCUUUUGUUCUUAUACUCCAUGUCACGAAGCUAGAAUCGUUCAACACGCUAUCCUGGAAUCUGUUUGGCAUGAUUAUAGGAAAAGGUUUGUUGGACAAUGUGCUGAGUGAUUAUUUAUGGGCAAAAGCUGUUCUUCUUACCACGACGACAGUAGCAACGGCCGGUCUUACUAUCCAAGUGCCGUUGGCAGCAAUUGUCGAUACAGUAAUCGGCAAUGCUCCUCAUCUCAUGGAUUAUCUGGGAGCAGCAGCCGUGAUGAUCGGUUUUGCAGGAAUCAACAUCCCUUCAGAUGUUUUUUGUAGAGCUAAAGAGGCCACUCUUGAAUUAGAGAAUGAAAAUGUUAGUUUAGCUAAUCAAGAGCAUACACCAUCGCCUCCGGACGAAAGAAUCUGACUAAACAUUGUUAUUGUUAUUAAGGUAAUUCUAUUGAGCAUAUACUGUUUUCAGGUUGAAGUUUGAAUUUUUACUGUUGUAAUUCUACUGAUUUAGUCCUUAUACAUUUUUAUAAAAGCAAGUUUUAUGGACAAUUUU